CCUCUCCAAACAUCAGAACAGCUCAUUCAGUUGGUAUCACGUAUAGGUUUCUCGUGUGAACUGCGUAAUCAGAAUUCAAAUAACUGAAGUAAAACUUUUCCGGACACAUUUUUAAAAGAAGGUAAUUAAAUUUACAUUAUGGGAGCAUCUUCAUCUGGCCUGUUGGAUGAGGCAAAAAUCAGCAACAUUAAAGGACUUGUUGACAGUACAUUUCAGAGCUUCAGUGUGUUUUACCGUCAGCAGUAUUCUGCAGCCUACUUCAGACAUUUACACCAGGAGGUGGAGCCUAAGAAGGAAGGGCGGGGCCUACUGCUCACACAUGGGCCUCAGUAUGCUGUGGAGGAAGUGCUGUACCAAGGGAGUGUAAAGUUCUCCUGCUGGGAUGAGCAGGGAAAGAAAUGCAGAGAGAGAUACGCAGUCCUGAAAAAACACUACAAAGUGGAAAUACACGAAAACAAGGAGGCCUUCAGUCGUGGAUGUGCAGCUAAGCUGAUCCUGCACCCGGCAGGGGCCAGUGUGUUCACCACAGAGGAGGAGUCUAAAGCUCACCUGGAGAAAACCUGUACUGGAGUACUCAACGGAGUGAAGGAGGAUUCUUCUUCGGUGGUGCCGUCUCCAGAUGUGUUCGCCGUGUAUCUGCACCUGCCUUACAUGGGCUACACCUGCUUCCUGUUCCAACAGAAAGAGGAACGAGAUCUCUUCCGGUCUGCCGUCAAGACCUGCAUCAGACACUGCGACCUUGACCCCUGGUGCGACUCAUCCUAUGAGAGCCAGGCCUACGUCCGAGCCCUCCGACUCUACCGACAGGACAAAGGACGCUAUGAAUCCUGGGAAAUGCUGCUGGGCACUGAGGAACAAGUGCUGGCCUCCCAAGUGAUGGAGGAAGUGUUGCCAUGGUUACAGAGCCAGCUUCAGUCCAGAGUGAAGGGCAAGAAAACUGAAAGGAUCCGACAGUGGCUGGCAACAGUACAUGCAACCUACACUUUGGUCCUGGAACAACUCACUGCAAGUCUGGAGGCUCUGAGGGAGGAGUGUCGUCAGGCAGCAUCAGCCAAACAGGCGCUAAUCAGAUCCAACCUGGACCAGAUAAUGUCCUCUCACUGCUUCCUGGAGGUGAAAGUCAGAGCAUGUAUCUGUGAAGAAGCUGAGAAAGUGUGCGGUGAGUCUGUAGCACCCUACGUGUCCUCCAUCCUUGAAGCACUUGUAGAAAACAUAAGUGCAGGGAUUCAGGGGAUGCAACACACACUGCAAAAACAGAUGGACUCGGCCUUCACGCUCACAAAUGGAGGAACAGAUGAGACAAAUGAGGCCUUGUCCACUCUGCACUCCAUCAGUCCGGAUCAGAGCUACUGGCAGGUGGAGAAACUGUCAGAGAAACUUGAAGGCUUAAAACAGCGGUUUGGACUGAGCAGCACUCAGAGACUGGUUCACUCUGCACAUCUGGAGAUGGAGAAGCUGUGGGACAGUGCUGUGCACACCUUUGAGCUGUUCCUCCAAACAUCAGCCAAACUGCAGCCUUCUCAGGUUCCUGUCAAGAUGAAAAGAGCUAAAGAGAGAGUCCUAAAGCAGCUUGACUACGACAGCAGAGUUGUCCAGAGGAGGCUCUAUCAGGAGGCUUUACUGGAGAUCACCCUGCCUGCUCUCACCAGCAGGAUGGACAGCAAGUGGAAAACUGAGCUGCAGCAGUUCGAGCAGUACAUUUUCUCAGACUACAGCGGUUUUAUCCUGGUUCAUAACGUCUAUGAUGAUGUGCUGAGAAACAUCGUAGAGACAGUGGUCCAGGAUGCUGCCGGUAAGAAGAGCAACAAUCUCCUAUUGGACACGACCGAUCUGGGCAUUAGUCAGUACAGUCUGCUGGGGCAGACGCCUCCUCACUCUGCACCAGACAGCCCGGCCAUUCACGCUCGAGACGCCUCCUCAGCGGCACCAAGUGAGACUGCUCCUGAGGAGGAGGGAGCUCGGACAGUCACAGCUGACGUUUGCCUUCAGAAUGAACCAGAACUUAACGCUGAUACCAAAUCUGACCCCAGUGCCCCUCAAAGCUCUGAGCAGAGCACAGUGCUUCUGUCUCCUGUGAUUGUCGUGACACAACAGUUUGAUGAAUCACAGACCGAGGACGCUUCUUGCGUCGAGGAAACCCAAGAAGUUGACACGCCAUCAGCUGCUGCAGAGUCUUCCAACUCAGCCGCACCUGAUGACUCUGAAGCGGAUGUUACGCAUGAAGUCGGUACAGCUGAUGACACACCUGCUAACCCAGAAUCAAAUAAUGCCAUCCCAGACCCUCCUGAUGUUUCGGUGUCCAUGCCGUCCUCACCGUCUUCGCCGCAGUCCACAGAUGUUCCAGCUGAAUGUGUUCAAGGUGGUCAAUCUGACAAUUCUGCCACCGAUGAUCAAGUGACAGAAGAUGCGACUUCCCUCCAGGGUCCCUGUCCCUCAUCGCCAAGUCCACCCGGUACAGAUGGUCCAAUGAAAAUCAGCCUUGGGACACUAAGCGAUGUGAUUAGUUUCAACUCCGCAACACCUCCUGUAACGCAGAUGACGACACAGCAGACCACCGACAGAGCGGUGUACUUGACGGGAGAAAUAAAGGACAACUGGGAAGUGGAGCGGGUAAAAGAGGAGAAGCAAAUAGAGGCCGCAGAGGAGAAGGAGGUUCAUGAGAGAAUAAAGGAACAGAAAGAAGAGACAGGGACGGGGGAAGGGAAAGAUGAGGAGAGAGGUGAAGGGAAAACAGGAGGUGAACCUGUUGAUGAAGGCAGCCAAUCCACUGAAUCUCCAGCAGAGAGCGCCACCGCUUUAACCCCAGAGCAGAGCGACGAGAAGGUAGAUGAUGAAGAGAAAGGUAGCGAGCGGGAGACUGAGAAGAGAAACGAUGACGAAGAAGCUGAGGAGAAAGGAGAUCAUGCAGAAGAAGGAAAGAAAGAAAAAGAAGAGGAGGAGGUUCCCCAAAGCCCUCAGCCAAUGGAAUCACAGCCGGAAAGUGAUGCUGAGCUGCCACUGGACAGCGUGGGCAUCAUCAGAGAGCUUGUGACUGAGAUCACUGAAGUGGAGAUUGUAGUCAGCCCCCAUCCCAACGGCGGGGCGACAACUGACUGCUGAAUCCUGCCAGGACUACUUGACCAACACCUCGCUCAGAGUUUAUUAAAUGGUACAGAGAGCAGAGGUGAAAAGAGCGGUUAGUGGGAUAAUAAACGCCAGAUUUUUACUGCAUCAUAUUUUUAUACUCGUAUAUUUUAAAGAUUUUUGUUCUCACAUUCUGUAAUAAGCAUUUUUUCUUCUUCAUACAAGCAGUAACUUCUUUAUAUUUGCCUUACGCUAACUCUGAAAUGGAUAAAAUGACCCAAUAAAGAUGUAAAAACUCACUCUACGUUGUGAUCUCAAAGCUGCAUCCAUUGAUGUUUUGGAUAUUUUUCCAAAAGGCCAAAAGAUCAAGAACAAAAAUGACAGUAUCCGUUUAAAAGCAUGGAAAACAUUUACACUGAACGUUUCAUGCUGUCACCAUAAUGGUUCAAAAAAAAAUAAAAAAUCUUCUUUAUAAUGUGACACUGGGUCAAAACUGAUCCAGUAUCAAUUUAUUAGUAACACAUUGGCUAUUUUAAAAUAGCUAAUGUGUUCCACCGGAUGAAAGUCAUGAAAGCUCUGUUUUGAUCUUCACCAACUCUUGUGAAAUAUGUGGCUCUCGCUGCUAAAUGCUCAGCUAUGUUCCCCAGCUAGUCGCUAACUUCUACGUUUCUCUCAUGAUUUCACGCCACAUUGUGUUGAUGUAGAAAUGUGGCAACAAAAGAAAGAAAAGCUUGUAAACAAAAGAAGAAAAGCUUGUAAACGACGCACUCAUCUGUUCAAUUCAAUAAAUGAUCAACCAUA